CAAGGUUUGUUUUGUUGUUGUCAGCUGUUAAGUUUCUGAAAUUCUUUAAUUUUUCUCAUCAUAAAUUAUGUGUAUAAUGUGAAACUAACAAUGAACAUGGCCGAUAAAUUGAUAUUUUAGUGCAUCUAAUAAUUUAUAGCAGUGAAAAACAGGAGACCGGGACCUCUCGUGAUGCUGAAACGGUACGUCAAUGAAAACGGAUCCUGUACGGUCAUAGACAAGUACGAGUAAACCAACGUGAUAUAAAUGUGGCUCAGCGACCUGAAUGGUCUUGACAUCGACAGCUCCACCUAUUAAAUAGUCAACAUGGUGGUGGUGCUGAACGGCGUGCUGGCCGACGAAUGCCCGACGUCGGUGCGCGCGCUCCUCGCCAGCCAUCCAGGCUACAGGGACGCGGCGGCCCAGCUACUGGCGGCCGUCGCGCGAGUGGUGCCGCCUCCAGGCCUGCUCUACGUCGGCCAGCGAGAGCUAGCGGCCGUCGUGCCGCAUGACAAAAACGUCAACAUCAUUGGUUCAGAUGACGCCACAUCAUGUAUUAUAGUCGUCGUCAGACAUUCAGGAUCAGGAGCGAUAGCGCUGGCCCACCUAGACGGAUCUGGUACAGAGGAGGCUGCGGCGGCCAUGGUAGCGCGGGUGCAGCAGUUAGCUGUCGGCUACCCUGAGGGCAGGAUCGAGCUGCAGCUCGUCGGCGGGUUCACUGACCCGCGCCGCUACUCCGACGAGCUGUUCGCCAGUAUCAUGUUAUCAUUCCACCGGCUAACAGUAGAAGUGGACCUCACAAUGGCCUGUUGCUGUGAGCUGAACACGGGUCUAGGCGGCGGGCCCCCCACACCUUUAGUGACGGGAGUCGGCGUGGACAUAAGGGCUGGAGACCUGUUCCCCGCCACCUUCCCGGACAAAGGGCCAGAGAUGCCAUUGAGGGGGGCCAGGAUGAUCACUGGGGGGCCGCACACCACACAGGUCCUGGACAUAUACGACAACGGCGUGGGCAUGCUUCGCAUCGGUCCAUUCAACUACGACCCACUACGCGGCGUGGACCUGUGGCUGGAGCAGUCCGACGACUUCAUCCUGCAGAGCCUCAGCACCACGCCCGCCGUGGAGCCGCCGCACUUUGUGCACAAUAUCCGCGUAACGUUGAAAUUUAUACAGCAGCAUCCAUUCCCGGCGGUGACAGUGUUCCCGGAUAACCGGCCACAUUAUUACCGUCGCGACGAACAGACCGGCUGCUGGGUGCCUAUCCGGUUCUAACCGGUUUCUAACCGGCUACGUCACAGAUACACCCGGAUAUUUAUACGAAAACGUCUAUACAGCGCACAUUCAAUGUAUCUAAACUAUCGUAUAGUCAGCGUCAAAUGGUUCGUGACACCCAAAGUGGCCAAAAAGUUGACAACACAACCUUAUUCCAAUGAGGGCUAUCGUUUUUAUACUUAACAGUUGGCACCCCUGGCGAUCGACAGGACCUUACUCUACAGUGGCGCCAUCUUGAUGAGUGCAAAUGCGAUAGUCCUCCUACCACUUUAGCGCUCACAAGUUGGCGCCACUGUCUUCGCUACUAGCAAGUCACAGGACCUCACUCUACAGUGGCGCUAACUGGUGAGCGCUAAAACGAUAGCCCUCAUUGUAAUGAAGACGUGUUGCGAAGUUUUUGGCUACUUUGGGUCUCCGAACUAUUUGACUCUGAGUGUACUGUUGAAUUAUAAUUCAAUGUCAUACGAUUGUCUACGCGAGGCUACUGCAUAAAAUGAUUUCUGUAAUCGUUCCCAUCCAUUUCAUAUACAUUCCGAGACAGUUCUAGUGAAGGAUAGAUUCGAAAAUACA